UUCAUGUGAAAACAAGUUCAAAGUUCACGCACAUGUCCUCGAAGAAGUUGUCCACUCCAGCAUAACCUCCAUCACUUCAGUUGUAUUUAUAUUUGAACGGAGAACAUGUCACGAAAUGAUGUUAUUCACAAAGAGACAUGUGAAGAAAAUUACAAAUAUAUAUUUAAACCAGACAUACUCAGAGGGAAAGUCGCCUUUGUAACUGGUGGUGGCUCCGGGAUCUGCUUCACAGUAACUGAGAUCUUCAUGAGACAUGGGUGUGACACAAUUAUAGUCGGGCGGAACUUUGAGCGAGUGAAGCAGGCGUCGGAAACACUGACAGCAGCAACAGGAAGGAAAUGCCUGCCUCUAAGUGUGGAUGUCAGGAAGCCGCAGCAGAUACUGGAAGCAGUGGAUGAGGCAAUGAGGCAGUUUGGGAAAAUUGACAUCUUGGUCAAUGGUGCUGCUGGCAACUUCCUCUGCCCCCUAGACCAAAUGUCCUUCAACGCCUUCCGCACUGUCAUGGAGAUCGACGCUCACGGGACAUUCAACGUCAGCAAGGCUGUGUACGACAAGAGCAUGAAGACAAAUGGCGGUGUCAUCAUCAACAUAACAGCGUUGCUGCAUCUGAGAGGAACUAUGAUGCAGACUCAUGCUGGCUCAGCCAAGGCAGCCAUAGAGGCGAUGACCCGUCACAUGGCGGUGGAGUGGGGAAUGAACGGAGUGAGGGUCAUGUGUGUGGCCCCGGGCCCAAUUGCUGACACCGAGGGAUGGAGACGCCUUGGUGGUGGUCGUGUAGAUGAAGAAUUUGAGAAAGCAAUUCCCAUCCAGAGGGUUGGUUUGCGGGUGGACAUCGCCGAUGUCUGCCUUUUUCUGACAACCAGGGGCAGUGAACUCCUGACUGGCACGACUAUCUUUGCGGAUGGAGGCAGCUGGCUCACUGGCUCCAACAACUUCUACCAGGCGAAGAAGAUGUUGUCCUCGGGAGUCCCUGUGUCCAAAGCCAGGUUGUGAGCAGGGAGGAGGAGCAAGGCAGUACAGAGAACAUGGUCUGUCACGCAGAACAAGAGAUGAUGAUGAUGAUGAUGAUGAUGAUGAUGAUGAUUAUUGAACAAAAGAAAAAAGAGCUGCUGCUGCUGCUGCGGCUGCUGCUGCUGCUGAUGAUGAUGAUUGAUUUAUGAAAUCAAGAUGAGUUCUAUUUGUCUGUGAUAUGUUUAGUGAUGAGUAUAUCAUUUAAUUUAUAAAAUGAAUGCUUGUCACCAUGGUUACUCGGAGGUGUAAUAUACAGAAAAAUGAUGCCAAUGAUUAACAUGGUGCCAUUGAUAAUCAGUAUAAUUUGUGUUUGUGUCUUUUUUCAGUCUGUUAUAAAUUAUGGAAUAAUGGCAGAUUCUUGUUGAAAAACAUGUUAUCCUAUUAUUUUUGUAUGAAUUUGCGUGUACUUUCCCAAACCUAAUCCCUAAUCAGUAUGGGUGGCUGUGUCUGUUCAGAGUAUGUGCCAUUGUAGAAACACUCCUGUCUAAACAGUCAAUGCAUGAAUUCGAAAGUGUCCAUGUUUUUUUAAUACCAAAGUAAUGUCUUUGGAAUACUUGAAAAGUGCCUGAAAUUGUCUACAUGCGAGCAAAUGUUUAAUUGAGUGAAGCAUUAUCACACAUAGCAAUCUGUGCUUAACAUGCUUAAAAAAACUCCAUUCAUUAGCCAGGAAGCACAGGAACUCGAUGACUGUGUGUUUAGCAUGAUAUAUAUUCGUAUAGGAAAAAAUCACACCCCUCUAUACCAUGUCUAUAUGUAUAGAGAGGGGUGUGAUUAUUUUUUUUCUGUAGGAAUAUAUUAUGCUGAACACGCUAUCAUCGAGUUCCUGUGCAGGGAACCUGUGAAAAUGCAUAAGGUAUGCAGUGUGUUGAAUAUACAUUCAUAUGAAGCACGAUGACAUUGUUCAUUUGCAUAUGUUUAUUUUUUUAAGGAGAAGUAAAAGAUAAAGAAAAUCAC